AUGGUGGGAUUCAAGGCUUGUUGGCGCAGGAGGGUGGAAUGCAGGGGGGUGGAUCGCUGGGGCGUAUGGCACAGGGGGGUGAAUCGCCGCGUGCCCCUCUGGUGGGUGCGGCAACGCGGGCAAGCGGAGGGCGUGAUGUGCUGUGCGAGGGGGGGCGAGCGUGGGACGUGCACGCCACUGGGGAGGCUGGAGGGGGUUGGGGUGGUGGCAGGCGGUGUGAGGAGCGGUGGCAUGGGCGCGGGAGGCGCGGCGGGUGUGGGGAUGCGGAGGGAUGGGUGCGGGAGGCGAGUGGGAGCUGCUGCAGCAGCUGCUGGGGGGAUCGGCUCUGCCUCGGGAUCACCUGCCACGACGGAUUCCCCUGCCACGUCAGCGUCGGCGCUCUCAUCACCAUCGCAUUCCACAUCGGGCUCUGGAGGAAGCUCGUCCGGUCAGGGCGGAGGGGUGCUGGGGAAAAGGGCGUCCGGCGGAGGUGUGCUGUGGGGACGUGUGGCGGGGGCAAGGGCAGCAGCUGCGUCUAGGAGCAGCAGGGCGCGGAGGGCCCCUCCGUCCGCGCUGGCGUCUCGCCUGGCGGCCGUGCUGAACGACAUUCAGUCCAAGCCCGCCCCGCCCUUCGCCUCUGCAUAUGCCUCCCGCUUGUCCCCUCCCUCAGCUGCCGCGUCCCUCUCUCCCUCUGCCCCUCCCUCGGACUUUGGCGUUCCCUCUGCCUCUGCCGCCGCCUUUCCCGCCCUCACUUGCUUGGACGCGUCAGGGGCUCGCGGGACAGAGGAGGAGCAGGCAGCGGCACAGGGGGGGGUUGCUUCGGGUGGGGCAGCAGGCGGGGAGAUGAUGGUGGUGGGCGGUAGGGUCCGAGGCAUGGAUUCCUUUGGAUUUACCAGGGCUAGUGCAUUGAUUGGUGGUGCUGCUGGUGGAACCGGGGGUGCUGCUGGGUUUGGCAGCGGUACUGGUGGUGGCGGGAGCAGCUACGCUGUUGCUAGGGAACUUUUGGAGGCAUUGCCAGGUGGCGCGACCGGAUUGGACGACCUUCAGUCGCUGCAGCCCCCGGGGUCUCGCCGCCGAACCUCCGGUCUUUACGGGGUAGGAGCAGUCUCUCUUGAUUAUAGGGAUGCUGUUUCUUUUAACGAAUCUGGCUAUAGCGGAUCUGGCUGUUGGGUUCCCUGGGGGGCCUGGGAAGGAGGAGCAAGUGGUAUGUCAGAUCAACUUAUAAAGGGGAUGGGGGAGAAUGCAGCAAGAGGAGGCAACGCUGCAGUGGCAGCACUGUCCGCAGCUUGGUGGGAGGCUCGGGGGCAGGUCGGAGCCUUGGAAUUCCCCAGGCCUACCGCUGGACCUGUAUCCGUUGAAGUUACAGGCCCGGAUGUUUCUGGGAAGUUUCGCUCAGUGGAGAAAUUUGCGCGGGCACAGAUGGUGGCGAUGGCGGAGGCGGCAGAGGCGGGCGACACCGGGCGGUUUCACUCGGCGUUUGUGCAGCUGAAGCCGCUGGGGAAGGUGCGAGGAAAUGCGGUGGAGCGGCUGACGCACUACGUGUUGGAGGGGCUGAUGAGGCGCAUGGCUGGGACAGGGUUCCAACACUUCUGCACCCCUCUUAGGCGCCCUCCCAAGGAGCUAGACGAGGCCCUGACCCUGUACGCGUCCUCACAGCCGUUCCCGCUCUUCGCGAGCAUCUCGGUGGCGGGGCUAGUAGCAGAGGCAGUGAGUGGCAGCACGCACGUACACAUAGUGGACUUUGGGUGCUUCCAGCCCAUCCACCUGCCCGUGCUCAUGGACCUCCUCGCCUCCCGCCCCGGGGGGCCGCCGUCUCUGCGCCUCACUGGGAUGGACACCGCGAGUUUCAUUUGUGCGGGGAGGAAGGACUUUAAAAGGCUGAGGGCGAUGGAGGACGUGGGGAGGCGGCUGCGCGGCGUGGCGCGGCACCUGGGCGUGCCGUUUGAGUUUGAGAGCGUGAAUGUGGACGAGGAUAACCUGCAGCUGCUCUACCAGGUGAAGCGGCAAUGGCAUGAGACGCUGGUGGUGGUGUGCGCUCUGGAGCUGCUGCUGCUGCCCGACUCCCCCAACGGCCCUCGCCACUGCGUGCUGCGGUGGAUCCACGACAUGCAUCCGACACUCUUCACCUUCUGUGACGUGGACUUGGACACCAACCACAGUGCCUUCCUCCCGCGCUUUCAAGACAUUGUCGACCACCACCUCGCCACCUUCCAGUUUCACGAUGUCUUCCUCGGGAACGCCGACAAGCGCCUGCUCUCGGUCUUCGAGGAGAUUUACUUCGCGCGCUCUAUUAUCAACGGGAUUGCUUGUGAAGGGGAUGAGCGGGUUGUGCGGUCGGAGAGGGCGGGGCAAUGGAGGAAGCGGUUGUUACUGAUGGGGGAGGUGGGGCCCAAGGACGUGCGCAUCCGCAUCACGCACUGCGGCAUCUGCCACAGCGACCUGCACCAGGUCAAGAACGAAUGGGGCGGCUCGCAGUACCCCAUGGUUCCAGGACACGAGAUCGCGGGGGUGGUUGAGGCUGUGGGCUCCGAGGUGACGAGGGUGGCGGUGGGGCAGAGGGCGGGCAUCGGGUGCAUGGUGGACUCGUGCCGCACGUGCCAGCCAUGCGUGCAGCACGUGGAACAGUUCUGCCCGCAAUGCGUGUACACGUACAACAAGGUGGACCCCAAGACGGGCGAGUCAACGCAGGGCGGCUACUCCUCCUUCUACGUCUGCGACCAGGACUUCGUGCUGACAAUCCCCGACAAGCUGCCGUCCGACGUGGCGGCGCCGCUGCUGUGCGCGGGAAUCACUGUCUACUCGCCCAUGGUCUACUACGGCAUCAACCAGGCCGGCAAGCGGUUGGGAGUGGUGGGGCUGGGCGGGCUGGGGCACAUGGCGGUGAAAUUCGGCAAGGCGUUUGGCAUGCACGUGACGGUGCUGAGCACGAGUCCGAGCAAGGAGAAGGAGGCCAAGGAGGUGAUGUGUGCGGAUGAGUUCAUUGUCACCAAGGACGCCGACGCCAUGAAGGCAGCAGUGGGGACAUUGGAUGCCAUAGUGGACACAGUAUCAGCGCAGCAUGACCUGGCACCAUACCUGGACCUCCUCACAUUCAAUGGCAAGAUGAUCCUUGUUGGCGUCCCCCCAGAGCCCUACGGUCUGCAUGCUGGCCAACUCAUUUUCGGCCGUAAGACUGUGGCUGGAAGUUUGAUUGGAGGGAUCAAGGAGACCCAGGAGAUGCUGGAGUUCUGUGCGGAGAAGGGGGUUGCGCCUAUGAUUGAGAAGAUUGACAUCCAGGACGUGAACAAGGCGUAUGAGAGAAUGUUGAAGAACGAUGUGAAAUACCGCUUCGUUAUUGAGAUAGAGAAGAGCCUCAAGUAA